UGAAUUGCUGAAAUAAAUCACCGCCCAAUUAUGUCGAUUGAAACAUUUGACUCCGACACUCUGUUCAUGUUUCCGUGUUUGGCUUUUCUGCAUGCAUGUUACACUACCUAGUACUUUUCUAUACAUGUCUGAAACCAAUCUCAAUUUUUCAACUCAGAACCCACCCACCACUUUCCUCACUCUUAUUACCCCACUCACCCAACAAAAUCUCCGCCACCGCCAUGUUCACCGGAGCACUUCUCCGGCACGGUUCACCACUCCUCACCACUCUCUUUUUCCUCUCCCUCAUCACCCUCUCUCACUCAAACGACCUUCAAUCUCUCCUCAUCUUCAAAUCCUCCAUCCAAUCUUCCAAUCCAAACAUCUUCACUUCAUGGAACCUCUCAAAUUCACCCUGCAACUUCACCGGAAUCACCUGCAACUCCAAAGGCUCCGUCACAGAAAUCAACCUUCCAAUGAAAAAUCUCACCGGCACUAUUCCAUUUGAUUCAAUCUGCAAACUCCAAUCUCUCGAGAAAAUCUCAUUAGAAUCCAACUUUCUCAGCGGAACCAUAACCGAAGAUUUGAAGAAUUGCGUAAACUUGAAGUACUUAGACUUAGGUGGAAACUCAUUCACCGGAACAGUACCUGAGUUUUCAUCUUUGAACAAGUUAGAGUACUUGAAUCUAAAUCUAAGUGGAGUUUCUGGUAAAUUUCCAUGGAAAUCAUUGGAAAAUCUUACAACUCUCACUUUCUUAAGCCUUGGUGAUAACUUAUUUGAAAAAGCUCCUUUUCCUAUGGAGAUUCUAAGCCUUGAGAAUUUGUAUUGGCUUUAUCUAACCAAUAUCAGCAUCUUUGGUAGAAUCCCAAUUGGUAUCGGAAAUCUUACACAGCUUCAGCAUUUCGAGAUUUCUGAUAACAAUUUAUCUGGUGAGAUUCCUCAUGAUAUUGGAAAGCUUAAGAAUCUAAGGCAACUUGAGAUAUACGACAACCGUUUGAGCGGAAGAAUCCCGGUUGGAUUCGGUAAUCUUACCAAUCUUGUUCAGUUCGAUGCUUCGAAUAAUAGUCUAGAAGGUGAUCUUUCUGAGAUAAAGUCGUUGGAGAAUCUUCAAUCCUUGCAGCUUUUUCAGAACAGAUUCUCAGGAGAGAUUCCACAAGAGCUUGGUGAUUUUAAGUAUCUUACUGAACUUUCUCUCUAUGAUAACAAACUCACUGGUUUUCUUCCGCAGAAGCUCGGUUCGUGGGCUGGAAUGGAUUUCGUAGAUGUUUCUGACAAUUUACUAUCGGGUCCUAUUCCACCUGAUAUGUGCAAGAACAAUCGAAUUACUGAUAUAGCACUUUUGGAUAACAGUUUCACAGGAAGUAUACCAGAAAACUACGCGAAUUGCACGGCUUUGGUUCGGUUUAGAGUAACAAAGAACUCUCUUUCAGGUGCUGUUCCGAAAGGUAUAUGGGGUUUGCCAAAUUUGGAACUUUUUGAUCUUGGAAGGAACCAUUUUGAAGGUUCUAUAGGUUCUGAUAUAGGAAAAGCUAAAUCUCUAGCUCAGCUUUUUUUGUCUGAUAAUCAAUUCUCAGGUGAGUUGCCUUUGGAAAUCUCUGAGGCUUCUUCGUUGUUUUCGAUUCAGUUAAGUUCGAAUCGAGUUUCUGGUCACAUACCGGAAACUAUAGGCAAGUUGAAGAAACUAACUAGUCUUAGUUUGAAUAACAACAAUCUUUCUGGUAUUCUACCAGAUUCUAUUGGCUCUUGUGUUUCUCUAACCGAAGUAAACCUCGCUGAAAAUUCGAUUUCUGGUGUGAUUCCGGUUAGCAUAGGUUCUUUGCCUACGCUUAAUUCGUUGAAUUUGUCGUCAAACGAGUUUUCUGGUGAGAUUCCGUCGAGUUUAUCGUCUCUUAAACUUAGUCUUCUUGAUUUAUCAGACAAUCGGUUUUUCGGUUCCAUACCAGACUCACUUGCUAUUUCGGCUUUCAAGGAUGGUUUCAUGGGAAAUCCUGGUUUGUGCAGUCAGAUUUUGAAGAAUUUUAAGCCAUGUUCAGUGGAAUCUGUCGGCUCGAGGCAAGCGCGAAACCUCGUGUUCUUUUUCAUUGCUGGUUUAAUGGUUCUGAUUCUUUCGUUAUCGUAUUUCCUCUUCAUGAGACUUAAACAGAAGACUAAGUUUGAGAAGCAAGUGCUUAAGACUAAUUCUUGGAAUUUCAAGCAGUACCAUGUGUUGAACAUCAAUGAGAAUGAGAUUAUUGAAGGAAUCAAAGCUGAGAAUGUGAUUGGAAAAGGAGGGUCAGGGAAUGUUUACAAGGUUGAGCUAAGAAGCGGCGAAGUUUUCGCUGUCAAACACAUAUGGACUUCGAAUCCAAGAAGUGAUUAUAGGAGUAGUUCAGCAAUGCUAAAAAGGAAUUCCUGUUCGCCCGAGUAUGACGCCGAGGUUGCAACUUUGAGUUCUGUAAGGCAUGUGAAUGUGGUGAAGCUAUAUUGUAGCAUCACGAGUGAAGAUAGUAGUUUGCUUGUUUACGAGUUUUUACCGAAUGGGAGUUUGUGGGAUAGGUUGCAUACUUGUAAGAAGACUCAGAUGGGGUGGGAGGUUCGGUACGAUAUUGCAUUGGGUUCGGCUAGAGGUUUGGAGUAUUUGCAUCAUGGUUGUGAUAGACCUGUUAUGCAUAGGGAUGUUAAGUCGAGUAACAUAUUGCUCGACGAGGAAUGGAAGCCGAGGAUUGCUGAUUUUGGAUUAGCGAAGAUUGUGCACGGAGGAGCUGGUAAUUGGACUCAUGUCAUUGCUGGAACACUCGGCUACAUGGCUCCUGAAUAUGCCUACACUUGUAAGGUGACGGAGAAGAGUGAUGUUUACAGCUUUGGCGUAGUACUAAUGGAGUUAGUAACAGGGAAGAAGCCUGUGGAGCCGGAGUUCGGAGAGAAUAAGGAUAUCGUCAGUUGGGUAUGCAGCAAUAUUAGGAGUAAAGAAAGUAUACUUGAAUUGGUGGAUUCUACGAUCGCAAAGCAUUUCAAAGAAGGUGCUAUUAAGGUGUUGAGAAUCGCGACAUUGUGCACGGCGAAAGUUCCAUCUUCAAGACCGUCGAUGAGAAUGUUGGUUCAAAUGCUGGAAGACGCCGAUCCGUCUUCGUCAAAAGUUGUAGUCACCAUAGAUAGUUAAAGAUUUUACAACAAAAAAAAAACUCUAUCAACUGCACUGCGCACACAUUUUUCCUAUAUGAUAAACUUAGCAAUGCAUAAAGUGAGACAGUGAAAGGGUGAUGAUAAAUAGUAAAUACUAGUAAAUGUAUUAUGUAUAAGGUGCAAGAGGAGUAAAAUUUAGGAGGUCACUAAUCGAGUAAUCGUAGAAAGCGCAUUAGUUUUUCAGAUAUGAAGAUAUGAUACUCUGAUGAUCAUAUACCAACACCAGUGCACCGGAUAUUAUUAGAAUCCGCAACUAAGUCUGAAGUAUGUUUAGACGAGACUGAUAGUAUGAUAUUUUUGUUGCAUGAUAGAGACAUUAGUCCUAAAAAUAUAGUAGUUUUAUUUGGUAUAUAUAAUACAUUAUCUUGUGCAAUUUUAUCACUAACAAACAUUGUAUCAACAUGUUUGGUUCUAAGGAGAUUGUUACCAUAGGUUUCAUCACCUUGCAAGUCAUCAUCAAUGACUUUUUUUUGUGCCAAAUUCCUACAAGUCUUUCAAUACAAUUAAUUAUAAUGUCAAAUGGAUGAAGAAAAAUUCAGUAUCAUACCAAACCAAAGAAUAACAAAUGAAGUGGUUGACUCAUAAAUAGCUAAUACGACUUGUCACAUGUGAAUAAAUGAACAUUGUCCCUAAAUUUCUAAAGGAACCAUCAUCUUUGUGAGCUGUCCAAUAAGAGUGUCUAAAACUAAAGAUAAGAUAAAUAAAUAAGAAAGAAAAUCAAUAGAGGAGUUGGAGAAU